GUUAAUUUAGAUUAAGUGUACAAAUUUUAACUUGAUUUAAUGUCACAAUUGAUAAUAUGAAAUCGAACUUUCAAUUGAUCUCGUGAUGUAACUUCCGCUGAUUUCAGUGGUCCAUGAUAUUUGGUGUGUUGUCCGUUUAGUUUUGUGUGAUAUAGUAUUGGAGACCAGUCACCAAAACGGCUUCUUUAUUUUCAUAAUAGACCUGUUCUGAUGUAAAGUAAGGAUUAAAAUACCUUAAAAAUGGCUCGAUACGGGCAACGGCCUGAAAAUGCUUUGAAAAGGGCUAAUGAGUUCAUAGAGGUGGGCAAACCAGCUCGUGCUUUGGACACAUUGUAUGAAGUUUUUCGCAAUAAGAAAUGGGCUUACAGCUGGAGCGAGAGUGUGCUGGAGCCGAUCAUGUUCAAGUACUUGGACCUGUGUGUGGAGCUGAAAAAGUCCCACAUAGCCAAGGAGGGUUUGUUUCAGUACCGCAACAUGUUCCAGUCGGUGAACGUCUCUUCAUUGGAGAACGUUAUACGUGGCUACUUGAGGACGGCUGAAGAGAGAACAGAGUCUGCGCGUGAGCAAUCACAGCAGGCCGUGAUUGAUAUCGACGACCUAGACAUGCUGGCCACCCCUGAGAGCAUCCUCCUGAGUGCUGUAAGUGGGGAGGAUGCCCAGGACCGCAGUGACCGCACGAUUCUCACUCCGUGGGUCAAGUUUCUUUGGGAGUCAUACUGUCAGUGUUUGGAGCUGCUGCGCACUAAUGCGCAUGUGGAGACCCUGUAUCAUGACAUAGCCCGCAUGGCGUUCUCCUUCUGCUUGAAGUAUAACCGCAAGACAGAGUUUCGGAAGCUGUGCGACAAGCUACGCAAACACUUGGAGGACAUCGGCAAGCUGCCUGCGCAGACGGCCAACGUGAGCAUUCAUAAGCCUGAGACGCAGCAACUCAACCUGGACACACGCCUUGUGCUGUUGGACUCGGCCAUACAGAUGGAGCUGUGGCAGGAGGCAUACAAAGCCAUUGAGGACAUUCAUGGGCUGAUGAACCUGUCGAAGAAGCUGCCAGUUCCGAAGACCAUGGCAAACUACUAUCAGAAGCUGGCCAUGGUGUUCUGGAAAGCUGGCAAUUACCUGUUCCAUGCUGCUGCCCUCUUCAAGCUGUUCCAGCUCUCAAAGGAGAUGAAGAAGAACAUCACAUCUGAAGAACUGCAAAGGAUGGCAUGCCGGGUGCUUCUCUCCACCUUGUCCAUCCCACUUCCAUCUGCUCACCCAGAGUUUGAUAGAUUUAUCGAGACAGACAAGAGUCCCUUGGAGAAGGCUCAACGCUUGGCUGUUCUGCUUGGACUAUCGCAGCCUCCGACCAGAGCGUCACUUUUGAAAGACAUUGUGCGUGUGAACGUGGUGUCAUUGGCAUCGCCUCGUCUGCAGGAGCUGUAUACGUGGCUGGAGGUAGAGUUCCACCCCCUGCAACUGUGUUCACGUGUGCAUAGUGCCGUAGAGGAGCUGCGUGCAGAUGAGAGCUCGCUCCAGCAGUAUGUGCCUGCACUUCAGGAUGUGACACUUGUGCGACUCAUCAGACAAGUGUCUCAGGUCUACCAGACAAUUGAGAUCGCCCGCCUUCUGGAGCUUGCGCGCUUUGCAUCUGCAUUCCACCUCGAGCGCCUGCUGGUGGACUGUGUGCGCCACAAUGAUAUGCAGAUCCGAAUCGACCAUGGGGCCAAGUGCAUCCAUUUUGGCAUGGAUUUAUCAGAGUCACAGCGGGAGGACAAGCCAGAGGGCCCUACACUGCAGAGCAUGCCCAGCGAGCAGGUCCGAAACCAGCUGGUCAAUAUGGCCACAGUUCUCCAUCGUGCCAUGGCUACAAUCAACCCAAACAAGAAAAGACUGGAGCGGGAGAAGCUGCGUGUGCAGAUGGUGAUGCAGUAUCAGGAGACGAAGUCCCAGGAACACCAUAGCAUCCUGGCACGUCAUAAGAUCAUUGAGGACCGGAAAGAGUAUUUAGAGAGGCUGAACACCGUGCGGGAAGAGGAGGAGGCACGGAGACAGGAGGAGCAGGCCCGCCAACAGAUGUUGCAAGAGCAGAAGCGCCUGGAGCUGGAGCGGGAAGAACGUGAGCGCAAACGUCAGGAGAACGAGAUCCAACAGAUAAAGGACCGACAUCUCAAGGAGAAAAUGCAGCAGAUAUCACAGACAUCUCAUGGGCAGAAGAUUCUGAAGAAGUUGAAUGAGGACGAUAUCAAAGAUGCUGAACAGAUUGCUGCCCGAGAAGCGGAGGAACUGCAGAAGGAACGGCGGGAGUUGUUACAGAAACUGAAGUCGCAAGAGAAGAAGGUGGAUUAUUUUGAAAGAGCCAAGCGCCUAGAGGAAAUACCACUUUUGCAGAAGGCGUUUGAGGAAAAGCAGGUUCAGGACCGCAAAUUCUGGGAACAGCUCGAGUCUGAACGCAUCCAAGAGGCGGUGGCUGAGCGGGAAGUGGCUGUUCAGCAUCGUGUGCGUCUCGCCCGCAUGAAGGCAGACAAAGACAUGUUCCUGGAGAAAUUGAAGACAGAGCGCAAGACGGUCUAUCAGGAAAAAGUAAAUGAAUUUGAGAAGGUGCUAGAGGAGGAACGUAAGAAGCGUCUGGCAGAGAGGAAAGUGCGCCGCAAAGAGGAGAUGAGGGCCAAGUGGCUGAAGGAGCGGGAGGAGGAAGAAGAAAGGAAGCGGGAGGAAGAGCAGAGGCUACAGGAAGAGGAGGCUCGAAGGAAACAGGAGGAGGAGGAGCAGAAAAGGAAGAUUCGCAAGGAAAUCGAGGCUGAGGAAUACAGGAAGCAGAAAGAGGUGUUGGAUCGCCAGGCGGAGCAGGCUCGUAAGCGUGAACGGGAGGCGGAGGAGAAGAGAAUUGAGCAAGAACGAACAACAGUGAGCAACAAUUGGCGACGGGGCACAGCGGGGGCAGUGCCACUUCCGCCCUCACAGUUACGGUCUGAACGUGAUGCAGACCGUGAUGCAACAGAUGGCCCGCGGAAGGAUCGGGAUGGGGACUGGCGCGGCAAGAAUUCAGUGCCAUCGCCAGCCCCUGCCAUAAAUCGGGAUGAACCACCUCCGCGCUCCAAACCAGAGGCUUGGAGACCCUCCGCACGUUUGCGCGAGUCUGACGGCAAGCCGGCAGAUGCCUGGAGACGGGUUCCUGAUGCUGAACGUGACUCCAAAGACAAGAGCACACUCGAACGUGACAGGGACAACCGGGAUGUCCGAGAUUCCAGGGACGGCAGAGAUGUCCGAGAUUCAAGGGAUGUCGGGGACUCCAGCGAUGUUCAAGAUUCAAAGGAUAACAGGGAGGUGCGAGAGUCAAAGGAUGGCAGAGAAAUGCGAGAUUCAAAGGAUAACAGGGAGGUGCGAGAGUCAAAGGAUGGCAGAGAAAUGCGAGACUCCAGGGACCGAGGAGGUUAUGACAGAGACAUCAGGGAUCGAGCCUCAGACAGGGACAGAGGUUUUGAUCGCUUUGAAAGAGACAGAGGCAGUUAUGAAAAAGACCGAGGAUUUGAUCGUGAUCGUGAGAGAGGAACUGGCAAUAUGGGAAGCAGCUGGAGGAACAAACCACCUGAGCAAGAGCCGGACGAUGACCAUCGGGGCAUGAGGCGAGAUGACAAGAGGCCUUUGGCCCUUGUAAACCGUAAAGAAGAUCGUGGAUCAUCUGGCAGUUCAGACUGGCGCAAAGAUGCGUCUGAGAAACGGCCCACUGAGUCGUCAGGCCCUCGCCGAGGUCUUGGAGAUGACCGCAGACGAAUGGAUGACCGUGGGCGAGGAGAACGUAAUAUGGGUCCCCGAGAGAACAGACCCCGUGCAUCAGAGCAGCCUCCAGUGGAGGACGGUGGUGACGAUGGGAACUGGCAGAGAGUGAGCCGUCGCUAGUCACACAACCAGUAGGUGAAUAUUGCUUGUAUUUCUUAUAUAAAAGUUAUUUGUGUUGUGUGCAGAGGUGUGGGAGGUCUGUAACUGCACACCCAUUUGUUUGGGAAUAAAGAUGGGUCUCCAUGCUGUUGCUGUUCUCUGUCA